GUGUCAUUUCUUGGUGUUUUUGGCCGAGGUUGGAAAGUGUUUUCGUGCCAAUCGUGGAGCUCUCUGUCAGCGCCUCGCCCAGCUCUCCUUGCUUGGAGGUUGGUCGAUGCGUUUGAAGGUAACGCUCAUCCUUCUGUUCGCCAUCCGAACGCCCCUCUCUCUGGAUUUGAGCUCCUGGGGCUGAAUCUGGGCAAAUUCCAGUGGAAAAGCUCUAAAAACACAGUUUGAGCAGCAUGGGGUCAAAGUCAGACUGCAUCUGUCGACAGAUUCAGCUGUGUAUGGACAGGCAAGGCUGUGGGGACAGCAAUGCUCCCACAUGAGAUGGGUCCUUAAGGGCCACAGAACCAAGGAAGGGGUUGGGUUGGAUCAUUGAUCCAACUGAUCACUGAAGCACAGAGUAGGUUGGAAGGGUCCUUAAAGGUCACAGAACUCCUUAAGGGCUUCGGUUGUAAGAGUCCUCAUAGAUCAUAGAAGCACCAAGUGGGUUGGAAAGGUCCUUAAAGAUGAUCGAACCACGUAACCGGUCGGGUUGGGAGGGUCCUCAAGGUCAUAGAAGCAUAGGAUGGCUUGGAAAGGUCCUUAAAGAUGAUAGAGCCAUCGAAGGAGGACACGAUGGCUUGAUGGUGAUAAGGGGAAAGCGGCUCUGGUGCUGCACUUGAGGAGAAUGGGGCAGCUCAAAGGGAGUCCUGGGGUGCACCAGGACCAAAUGCUCAAAACCGGCACCAAAAAGGGAUUGGAAUCACAGAAUCAAACACAGAACCACAGAAUGGGGUUGGAAGGGACCAGAGAGAUCAUGGAAUUAUAGAGCCAUGGGGUUGGGUUGGAACAGAGCUUCAGGAUCAUAGAACUGUGGAGUGGGUUGGGGUGGAAGGGCCCUCAAAGAUCAUAGAAGCACAGAGUGAUUGGGGUUGGAAAGGUCCUCAAAGAUCAUAGAAGCACAGAGUGGGGUUGGAAAGGUCCUCAAAGAUCAUAGAAGCACAGAGUGGGGUUGGAAAGGUCCUCAAAGAUCAUAGAAGCACAGAGUGGGGUUGGAAAGGUCCUCAAAGAUCAUAGAAGCACAGAGUGGGGUUGGAAAGGUCCUCAAAGAUCAUAGAAGCACAGAGUGGGGUUGGAAAGGUCCUCAAAGAUCAUAGAAGCACAGAGUGAUUGGGGUUGGAAAGGUCCUCAAAGAUCAUAGAAGCACAGAGUGAUUGGGGUUGGAAGGGUCCUCAAAGAUCAUAGAAGCACAGAGUGAUUGGGGUUGGAAGGGUCCUCAAAGAUCAUAGAAGCACAGAGUGGGGUUGGAAAGGUCCUCAAAGAUCAUAGAAGCACAGAGUGGGGUUGGAAAGGUCCUCAAAGAUCAUAGAAGCACAGAGUGGGGUUGGAAAGAUCCUUCAAGACCGUAGAACCGUGGGAUUGGGGUUGGAAGGGAUCACAGAUCACCCAUCCAAACCCCAGGCUGAGCAGCGCUGCGCUCACACCCCACACCACGAGGUCGUUCCGCUCCAGCUGGGCUUGAAUUCGAGCAGCAUUCAUGACCCAACGCUUGGUAGCAUUUCACACCUGUCAAAAAAUUCCACGCGAACGCGUCGGCCCUCUUUCAUUGUUGGGCCGUGGUUGUGGGGAGCUUUUGUUGUUGUUGUUGUUAUUAUUUUUACUAUUUCACUGAAGCAGCAGGAUGUUGGACGUUGGGAAGGGGACGGAUUUGGCCUCAGCUCAGGUUUUGUGCCUGCAGCACCCUCCCGUAUCGCCCUUCUUCCACCAGCAGAAGCUGACAGCUAAAGGGCUGCUCGCCGCUCCCGGCCUCUCCAUCAUUGUUUUUGUUUUUCAAGUGCGAAUUACAGGAAAAAAGACAAAGAGAAAAAGGGAGAGACGCUGGCAAAGGCACACAAAAGGAGAGAGAGAAAUCCCACCCCGUUCUGCUCGUCCCACACACCGCAGCCGAAAGCCACCGCGCAGCACAAAUCCACGGUGGUAUUUGGAAGGGAUGAGCCCACCCCUGUAAGCCCCUUCAUCCCGCUCCGCUGAGUUUGCCAGGAGGAUUAACCCAGUCUUGUUCUCAAUCCCAGUUUAUGAGUUCCCUGCUGGUGGGGAAGAUCCUGUGUGUUUAAACAACAGCCUAAUUAAUCCCUAUUUUAUUACUUUCCCUUGUCAAGUGGCUAAAUGGGAGCUGUCAGCCGGCAGCCACCGCCGCUCGCAUUUGUUUAGAUCCCAAAUUACUUCAUCAGAACCAUCUGCUCCGCACGCAGGGCACUUGGUGGUUGUUUGUUUCUCUCUCUGGACACAGUGAGGGGCACAAACAGCGUCUGGGAGAGGGGGGACGGUCCUGGAGGGGUCCGCAGAGGAAAUCCUGAGCAUGGAAAAUCCAGGCACUGAGCAAUGGAAAGGAAAAGAGGACCCCAAAAUCACUUUUCUUGCUGGGGAUGUGUGGGUGCAGCUCCAUGCGUCCCCCUCCUUCCUCCCUUGGCUUCCUGAGCCCCUUAAAUCGGGUGUUUUCUCUCUAAAAAGAGGGGGGGGGGGGACGACUCACUGCAGUGUCCCAGCACUGAAAGGUGUUUACAAAGCAGACAGAGGCUCGAGGAGAUGGGGGGCAGAGGCUACGAGCUGCUCGUUCCAUGCUUAUAACACUAACCCCAUGGUUCUGUGAUCUGUAAGGACCCAUCCAACCCAACCCCACCCCAUGGUUCUGUGAUCUGUAAGGACCCACUCAACCCAAUCCCAUCUCAUGGUUCUGUGAUCUGUAAGGACCCAUCCAAUCCAAUCCCAUCCCAUGGUUCUAUGACGUUUAAGGACCCACUCAACCCAAUCCCACCCCACAGUUCUAUAACCUUUAAGGACCUUUCCAACCCAAUCCCAUCCCAUGGUUCUGUGAUCUGUAAGGACCCACUCAACCCAAUCCCAUCCCAUGAUUCUGUGAUCUGCAAGGACCCAUCCAACCCAAUCCCAUCCCAUGCUUCUGUGAUCUGUAAGGACCCACUCAACCCAAUCCCACCCCACAGUUCUAUAACCUUUAAGGACCUUUCCAACCCAGCUUCAUCUCAAGACAAGAAAUCAAUGUCUGGCCCUGGGAACAACCAACCCCUGGCACAACUUCCCAGGGAGGGCAGAAUCCCCAUCGCUGGAGGAACCUCAAGGAAAUUGGAAAGGGCAAAAAUCUCCUCCAAUCCCCCGCCGCCGAUUUACUGCCCGUCUGCCUGUCGCAGUAACGCUCCUUACUGCGCUACGGGAAAGGAAACAUGAAAUUCGAUGCUGUUUCCCUGGCAAAUCCUAUCGGUGGGGGGAAAAUCCUGAUCUGAAAGGGCCGGACGGGGGAAUCCUUGAGCUAUUGGUGCGGCACGCGUUAAUUACUGACGGCGCUUUUUUGCAUGAAGUCUGCCUUGGUGUGACAGCUCCAACCCAAUCUGUUCCCCAAUUCUCCCCUUCCCCGAGCUCCUGACCCCAGGUUUUGCUUUGCAGGCUCUUCCAGACCAAGUGCAGCAGCUGCCUGAAGGCCAUCGCUCCCUCCGAGCUCAUCAUGCGGGUGCUGGAGAACGUCUACCACGUCCACUGCUUCUAUUGCUGCGAGUGUGAGCGGCGUCUGCAGCGGGGAGACGAGUUUGUGCUCAAGGAAGGGCAGCUGCUGUGCCGCAGCGACUACGAGAAGGAGAAGGAGAUGCUGAGUGCCAUCAGCCCCACGCCAACCGAGUCCGUGAAAAGCGAGGAUGAGGAUGGCAGCCACUCGCACGGCAAAGGCAGCGAGGACAGCAAAGACCACAAACGCUCCAAGCGCCCGCGCACCAUCCUCACCACGCAGCAGAGGAGGGCGUUCAAGGCUUCCUUUGAGGUCUCCUCCAAACCCUGCAGGAAGGUGAGGGAGACCCUGGCGGCGGAGACGGGGCUGACGGUGCGGGUGGUGCAGGUGUGGUUCCAGAACCAAAGAGCAAAGAUGAAGAAGAUUGCACGCAGGCAGCAGCAGCAGCAGCAGCAGCAGGAGCAGGAGCAGAUGGGCAAUCCUCGCCUGGGGUCCGGGAGGGGGACCGGGCGCAGCAGCAGGCAGAGCAACGAUGACAGCGAAGAUGGUGCAAGCGUCCACGGCCUGGAUGGGCUGAUGGUCCCAUAUCCCCGGCUCCCCCAGCAGCAGCUGCUGCCCCUGGACCAGAAUGGCUACAGCACGGACCUCUACAGGCAGGGCCUCACCCCACCACAGCUGCCCGGAGACCACCUGCACCCCUACGAUUCAGAAGGAGUUUUCCAUGACAUGGACAGCGAGAGCAUCAGCCACCUGGGGGACUGCCUGCUGUCGACGGCCGAAGCCAACCUCCUGCAAGCCCGCGUGGGCAACCCCAUCGACCGACUGUACUCCAUGCAGAGCUCCUACUUCACCUCCUGACCUUCAAACAGCUCUCCACCAGGACCCACCAGGACCCACCAGUAUCUCGGACGGGUGCUGCUCUGGGUUCGGACACGAGACAUUCCUUGAGUGCUGCACAACGGAGGAGGCGGCGGAUCCGGCCCACGCAGAAGCGCUAUUCUGCAACCCGAAGGACUCGGGGUUGCCUCUCUCCUUACUUUCUAUCCUCAAUGGACGGUAUGAUGUUGUUUAGCUGUUCCUUUAGCAGUUUGUCCCGUGUUUGAGCAUGACGUCCUUCCGACACAGACUGGCCAAGCCGAGCGGAGCGGCCCCAAGCAGCAGCGCAGGCUUCUUCCUCUUGUUUAUUCAAUCCCUGCUGCGCUGGUUUGCCUCGUUCCUCAGCCCAGACGCUUCGUGGAGCAAGGUUAAUUUCCAACAAGGUCCUGAGGCCUCUCCAAGGGACGCCUCUCUGCUCCAUGCCCCUCUUCACGGCCACCGCAGGGCAGCUUUCAUCUGACAUUUCAGAAAGGCGCCUGGCUUUGGAAUGAAACAGCUGGGAUCUGCCUCCAGAAACGGGAGCAUUUCUGCUCCGUCAAGGAUGCCAAGAGGAAUGUGGCAAAACUGCAGCGAGUUCCCCGUUGCUGUCACACCUUUCGUCCUCCAAAAGGGCGCUUUUACUCCGUUUGUGGACAGAGCACAAAAUCACAGCUGCCAGCCGUGCUCCUUUCUGCUUUUUUUUCUUUUUUUCUUUUUUUUUUUUUCCAUUUUAAAACAGCAAAGCGAAGAGGAUUUGCCCCAAAAAUAUUCCUGCUGGAAAGCCUUUAUAGCUUUGCCCACAGCAGGUUUUUUUGGCAACCCUGCCCACGGCAGGUGGGUUGGAACAAGAUGACUUUCGAGGUUCUGUCCAACCCAAAUCAUUCCAUUGUUUUGUAAUCUUUAAGGUCCUUUCCAACCCAACCAUCCCAUGGUUCCAUGACCUUUAAGGACCCUUCCAACCCAUCCCAUGGUUCUGUGACUUUUAAGGACCCUUCCAACCCAACCAUCCCAUGGUUCUGUGAUCUUUAAGGACCCUUCCAACCCAACCAUCCCAUGAUUCUGUGAUCUUUAAGGUCCUUUCCAACCCAACCAUCCCAUGGUUCCAUGACCUUUAAGGACCCUUCCAACCCAACCAUCCCAUGGUUCUGUGACCUUUAAGGACCCUUCCAACCCAACCAUCCCAUGGUUCUGUGAUCUUUAAGGACCCUUCCAACCCAACCAUCCCAUGGUUCUGUGACCUUUAAGGACCCUUCCAACCCAACCAUCCCAUGGUUCCACCCUUUAAGGUCCCCUCCAACCCAAACCAUUCCAUGGCUCUGUGAUCUUUAAGGACCCUUCCAACUCAACCAUCCCAUGGUUCCAUGACCUUUAAGGACCCUUCCAACCCAUCCCAUGAUUCUGUGACUUUUAAGGACCCUUCCAACCCAAUUCAUCCCAUGGUUCUGUGACCUUUAAGGACCCUUCCAACCCAACCAUCCCAUGGUUCCAUGACCUUUAAGGUCCCUUCUCGCCCAACCAUCCCACGGUUCCACGAUCCGAUCACUUCCCACCCUGACUCCUCUUCCAGGCAUCCCAGCACCUCGCUUCCCUCCAAUACGUGAUGGGAGAAAUAAACUGGAUGCCUUUACCCCCCAAAAUCUCAUCUGGGCUUUGAGGGCAACCCAGCAGCGAUGCCAGGGCUCAGCCAAGAGCAAAGCGCGUCUCUGCCGCAGGUUGGGAGCAGGGAUCCAUUUUCUCCCCUCCGUCACAACGCCCUUUUCAGCGAGGCAGAGAGAAGCCAAUGGGCACCGAUGCGAAUCACAACCCCCCCAAAAAACAAACCAUAAAACAAGCAAGAAAAAAGAGAACAGAGAUUGGAAGUUUGAAUUAUUACCAAACAGGAAUUCUUUAUUCUCCCAGCCAGGACCCAAAUGUGGGAUUCGGUUCUUUACAGCUGUGAAGGACACGGAGCCAAUAUUGCUGGAAAGGUCAGGUUUUCCCAGAAUCGUGCCAGACGAAGGAAGGAGCUCCUCCAGAACUGAUUUCCCCACAUCUGUUUGGACAGAGGGACUGAUGAGCAGAUGACUCCCAACAGGAAACCGUGACUUAUUUCUUAAAUCCUGACCUCCAGAGCUGUGAGCGCAGCUGAGAACCCGGCCGAUGUUUCUGUACGUGGUGUUUUACUCCUGAGCCUCCCCCCAGGGGGCUGUUGUCAGUCUGAUUGUACAAGUGUGUAUUCCCUCAAAAGAUUAAAAAAAAAUAAAAAUAAAAA